AUGGAAGGAAACGAUUCUAUUCAAGGCAAACUUUCAAACAGUUUUAAUAAUUUUCUAAAUUAUUACUUAGUACCUGGAGAUUCAAUAGAAAAUGCCAGCAAGCGUGUCCUUCUAACCACUCAACUUAUCUUCUCAUUUGCAAUUGGCUCUACUUCCUUUCUUCUCUUUUGUUUCCUGAGAACUCGAUGGAGUUCUAUGUAUUCACCUAGGCUUAGACUAAGAGGAAUUGCACCAGAUCCUCUUCCAUCAAGUUUCUUUGGAUGGAUUGGUCCAUUGCUUAGAAUUUCAGAAGUGGAAAUAUUAGAUCGUGUAGGUCUAGAUGCUGCUGUGGUAUUACUUUCUCCAAUUGGCAUUGCAAGCUAUUUUUUUGACGAUAAUGAUUUCAAAUUUGAUGACGAUGGUCAUGACGAUGGUGAUAAACCACCAGACUCAAAAAGUUUUUUGGUAGCUUAUGCUAUAUUUACAUGGGUUUUUUCUCUUGCAACCUUUUAUUUCUCAUUUUAUAAUUAUAAAGAAUUUACGCAUGUUCGACAUCAUUAUUAUCUAAAACGGAAAGAUACCAUUGCUACUAGAACUGUAAUGGUAACAGGCAGACGUGGAGCAUAUUCAUCAUCUUCGGUUGGUUUCGUGACCUUUAAAAGUAUAGUUAGCGCACAAAUAGCAUCACAAAUUCUUAUACGACCUGAACCUUUUACCUGUUACACUUCACUUGCACCAGAACCUCGUGAUAU